AUGGAGAUUUUGGAAAUUCGACGAGACUUAGGAAGACACAGGGACAAGAAUGGGAACUGGUCUGAACUGCAAAAUGAAAAAAAGAAAACGAUGGUGAUACAUGUUUGGAGCUUGGUAACUGUGAGAAGUAGAGUUGACGAAGAUGGUACCGAUGCUUAA